AUGAGUACAACCGCGUCAAGUGCGACAAGCAGCAACCUCUUGCAGUUCCAGCAACGCAAAGGUGACGCUUUGUGAGUGCGAAUAGGUCAUUGCGGGCCCGCCAUGCACCAAUGCGUCAAGCCGCUGUAGACCAUCCAUGGUCAAGUGCAAGAGAUGAUGUCGGACAGGAGCUCCGUCCUACGCCUUGCGCUUACUUCAAUGGAGCGUUGACAUCCGCUUCUUCCCUCGCAACUCCUACGCAGGCUCAACCUCUACGUGCACGAUUACCUGAUCAAGCAUAAGCUCUACAGCGCAGGCUCUGCAUUAGCACGAGAAGCAGAUCUGUCGCCGACUGCCAAGGUUCCUAUUGAUGCUCCUCAGUCUCUACUGUACGAGUGGUGGGCAGUAUUUUGGGAUAUUCUAAGCGAGAGAGCCUCGCAAGCAGCGCGACCAUCAAGUUUUAAAGUCACAGACGCAUUAUUGUACACCCAAAGGGUGGGAGCAGGGCCCCUCACAAGUCAGUUGGCAUCGCAGCAUGCGGCAAGUAGUGCUCCUAGCCCACCUGCCGAAGGAACCGCGCAAAGGCGAAAUUCUCUCGCUGGUCGAGGUCGGGGAGGCUCUCCCCAGACCACGACGACAGCCAGAUUUGCGAAGGACAAAGCUGGGCCAAGCUCAGCAGCGGAUCGAAAGCAGACAGGGGAAGGGAUCUCAGCAAUCUCGAAAGGAAGUCAGGACACUUCCUCUUCUGGCACCAUCUCCGCCGCUGCAGCAAGCCCUGCCGUCAGCAGCCCGACCAUACCCAUAGGCUUCGGUGCUAACGAUCUCGCAGCACCAGGCCAGAGGAUGCCCCAGCAAAAUCUCGUGAUACGGGCCAUGGUGUCACUUGGAUGGGCCGGGCGACCGCCAGAAUCUUUGGUGCCGGAUGAAAAGUCUCGGCUGCAGCGUGAGAUGGCCCGACUUGCACCAAUGGAUGAUGCAAUGAGGCGCUCCAUCGGCAGUCAACAGAACGGGCCGGAACCAGACAUCAGUGCUCUGCGAGCCGCUGCCAAAGCCCAACAAGACGCUAAGCACGCACCUAUCACCACUAAGCGUCCGCGUCAAGUGCCGUUCUCGAUGCAUCAGCAAGGAGUGGGAGGCUCACCCUCGAGCGAGGCAGGACCCUCAGAUCUUCGGAAACAUCCUCCGCCAAAUCCGCAGCAGCGCAGCUAUGAUGCGCCACAGCAAGUACGCACGGCAAACCCACGAAGUCCCUCACCCUAUUUGGGCCGUACGCCAUCUCCGAUUUCGAUGCAGCAAAUGCCAAGCGUUGGAACUUUAGCCGAGGUGAGUGGCCCAUUCACGUUCUGCCACAACAGCAGAAGCGUGCGGCACGGCAGCUAGAACUCACGCUGUAAGUGGUUUCCGUUCUCCUUCACAGCAGGCGCGCGAUUUCGAACAACAGCAGGCGCUGGCCAGGAGCCUGCAGCAUCAGUCGAGGACCAUGAUGAAUUCAGCACCUCGGACGCCAGGCCCGCCACCACCAGAAGGUCCACCUUGGCAAUUUGGAGAUUUGCUUGGUGUCCCUCGCGAGCUUCACCUUCCCAGCCAUCCUCAAAGUCACGCCUCAGGCAGCGCCAUUAUGUCGAAAUCGGACUCGGCCUUUGAAAGAGCUACCGCCGACGCGCGAUCACAGCUAACGGCUCAAAUUCAAUCACUGCAGAAUCAGAGCCCCAAUGGUGUGCGGACACCAGGGACCGAGGCUCAAAUACAUCAACUUAGAAGGCUGCAAGGACGACUGGCACAGCAGAACACUUUCAGAAGUCCUACUAUGCCAGAAACACCUCCGCGCUCGGACAUUGUUGUCAAUGCGGCCCAUUUGCGAACGCCAGGCUCUUCCGGUACAUCUCAGUCCAACGCUUUCCACUUCAUAAGACCGCCGUACGACUCGAGUCCGUCGAACAUCCAUUUCGAGCCUCACGUGGCAGUCCCGCCCACAUAUCAUCAUCUUAACGGGAAUGACAAUGAACGAGGACAAUACCAAGGUAGUGGUGCGGCGAUGACCUCGUCAGCACCAAUGAGUGUGCCUGUCUUCUCAGGACAGCAGCAACAUCUCUCCAACCAUCCGAGCAUGCAAAACAUCGCUUCGAGUGGCUUUGCUCAUCAUGGCGAUCCUUUUGACGGUCUUGCCCCUCUGCUGGUGCAUCAGGAUCCGAAUUACGCCUCCAUCAGCGGCAUCGAUUUCUCUUUCGGUCAAGAUCCCCGGCCCUUGCCUCCGUGA